UCGCUGUGCUGCUCAUGAAUAGAGCGUUGCGGUUUUGUCGCGUCGCGUCUCUGGUGGACGCAGCGCGUUAAUCCUCUAAACGCGUCGCGAUCCGCGCUCUGACACGCGCUCAGGAAUCCCUGCACCAUUAAACAUGACUUCCGCGAAUCAGACAGGAGCAGAGCGGGAAUGUUUGGACCUCGCGCCUGCAGGAGGAGGAACACACGACACCCACACUACACCCGAGCGACGCGACGCCCGGCCCGGGUCAGAUGCUGGUUUCAUGGAUCAAGAAGGACCUGCAUUUUCAGUUGAGGAAAAGGAGUCUGAUUUUUCGGCUCAUGAGUUGAUCCCAUCUUCAGCGCACACUUCAGGAUCAGGCCAGCACCUCUGCGAAGGGUUAAAAUAUCUCACCACCAGCACCACACCAAAACCAGCCCAGGCCUUCGUACAGGAGUCCACAGCCAGUCAAACUCCAGACGCAGGACCUGAAGCGAGCCUGGAGGAGCAGAGAUCUGAUCAGGAGGAUCUGAGGAGAGACGAGGAGACGUUCAGGACACAGAGAAGCUGUGGAGGUGAACCAGAGCAAGGGAUGCCAGCUGUGGUGGUCACCCGAGCUGAAGAGGUUUCAUCAGACCAGGCGGAGGACAAACAUUUAUCUGUGAUGCUUGAGGACAUGAUUCACAGUGAUUCCAGUCGUAAUGCGAGUCCUAGCGAUGGCACUGAUCUUAGCAGCAGUGACCUGCUGUCCUUAAGAAGUGACACCGUAUCUCUGCUCAGUGAAGCGGCCAUCUCAUGCAAAAGUGAUGAACAGGAGGGACCUGAGGAAGACACUCGGAGCAUCGCCGCAUCUUCAGUUAUGUCACUGUUUCAACGGGUACAGAUGGACCCCAUUGAGAAAGAAUGGCUGCGCUGUGCAGCGCUGGGAAACACUGCCACCCUGUACCUGCUCCUACAACAGGACCCUACACUUGUCUCCAAAAAGGACUUUGUCACCACGGCGCUCCACUGGGCGGCCAAGCAGGGCCGUGUGGAGAUGGUGGACAUGAUGGCUCGCUCCGGAGCGGACGUCAACCAGAGAGCGGGUUACACACCGCUCCACCUGGCUUCUCUACACGGACAUGACAAAAUCAUCCAGCUGCUAAUCAAUAACUACAAUGCCAAAGUUAAUGUAAGGGACUAUCACGGGAAGAUGGCAGCUCAUUACUGGAGUGGCAGCAGGGAUAUUUUUACCGAACACAGAUCUCAUUCUGCUGGCAGCUGGCCGAGGGGGAGGCGGGCCCAGUGUUACGCACAGCUGUCUGCGCUCCUGUCUCGCUCUCAGAGCAACAGAAGCAUCAGUGCAGAGACGUCCAGCAGUCCACUACAGCCCCAUCACCCUCAUCCUGACACACACUCAGCAUGAACCACUGCCCGGUGAUCGUCAAGAAGUCAUCAAAUCAGUCAUUAAAGGAUUCGUUCCAAUAAAAUGAAUAUGCUGUCAUCAA